AGCUGUUCCUGCACGUCCUGGAGUCAAGAGGACAUCUUGGCUUCUCACCAACAACAAGACUGAAGGAAGAUCCUUGGAAGAGGCUUGUGGGUGCCACCAUGAUGCCCCAACUCUUGGCUCUGCUCUGCACUGGGCUGUGUGCCGGCCAAGGAGGCAGGACAACUGAUGAGUCCCUUCCCAAGCCCUCCCUCAGGGCCUGGCCCAGCUCGGUGGUGCCUCCCAAGAGUAAUGUGACACUGCAGUGCCAAACGUCUACCAAGAAUGUCAACUUUGUUCUCAGGAAGGGAAAAGUUCUAUUGCAGUCCGUGCAAUCACAGGCUUCCACAGAGGGCCUGGCUGAAUUUCACCUCACUGACCUAAAAACCGACAAUGCUGGAGAGUACACCUGUGAGUACUACAGACUAGGGAGCCCGUACGUAAGUUCGCAGCCCAGUGAUGUCCUCCUACUGCUGGUGACAGGAGAUUUAACAAAACCUUCCCUCCAAGCCCACCAAAGGGGGGAGGUGACCGCAGGAGACACUGUGACCCUGCAGUGCCAGAGGCCGGACAAUAUUUUCGUGCCUGUAAUGUUCGCUCUACUGAAGGCGGGGGCAGCAGAGCCCAUACGGGUCCAGAGUCCUGCAGGGAAGGAGACGGACUUCUCCCUCCGGACUGUGACAGUCAGUGAUGCCGGGAACUACAGCUGUGUGUACUUCCAGACACGGAUUCCUUUCUGGGCUUCACACCCUAGCGAUCAUCUUGAGAUCCAGGUGACAGGGACCACUGGGAUCACCGGGAUCACCCUCAUUGUCAUCUGCAUCUUUCUCUUCCUCCUUGGAACCUUCCUCAUCUGCAAAUACACCCGAUGUGGGACAGCUCCGGACAAGAUGACCAAACGGUAG